AUGGCCUCCGCUUCCAUGCCACCUGCAGCCCAGCCAAAUGGCGCCAUCGCCAGCCUGGACACCCUCGACCAUGACAUUCUGAUAGCGGCGCAGCAGAAAUACCAGACUGAGAGAGAGAAGCGUUAUCGUCCUGAAGGUGCCGCGCAGUACAUCGAUCUGAGCAGCGUUGCAGGAGGGCCGGCCUAUCCCGCCGAGGAGACAAAUGUCCACCACAAUCCCCUUCUCCAUCAGGAACACCACCGGGUUCUCAUUGUUGGCGCCGGCUUUGGAGGCUUGUUGCAUGCAGUGCGCCUUCUCCAGACUGGCUUCUGCUCUACGAAAGAAAUCACGAUGAUAGACCAGGCUGGCGGUUUCGGGGGCACUUGGUAUUGGAACCAGUACCCGGGAUUGCAUUGUGAUACCGAAAGCUAUAUCUACAUGCCGCUGCUGGAAGAAACGGGACACAUACCGACGAAGAAGUAUGUGCCUGGGAUGGAAUUGAGGGCCCAUGCAGAGCGCAUUGCUAGCGAGUGGGGGCUGACUUCUCGGGCUAUUUUCAAUACCACGGUGAAUGAGAUGAGCUGGGAUGACGGAAGUAAGCAUUGGAUGGUCUCAGUGGCUCCCAUCGCGGCAGCUCAGAAGCCAGUCACAUUGCGCUCAGAUUUCGUAAUCCAUGCCAUGGGCCUUUUCAACGAUCCUAAGAUACCCAAGCUGCCUGGAUUUGAGAGCUAUGGCGGUCACAUUUUCCACACCUCUCGCUGGGACUAUGAAUACACUGGAGGAACUCAGGAGAACCCCAUAAUGGACCGAUUGUACGACAAGAGAGUUGGAAUCGUCGGAACGGGUGCAACUGCAAUCCAGGUUAUCCCGCAUGUUGCUCAAUGGGCAAAUGAGCUGUUCGUCUUCCAGCGAACGCCGUCAUCUGUGGAUCAUCGCGACAAUAAACCGACUGAUCCAGCUUGGUGGGCUGAGAAUACCCAGAGGCAUGGUCCAGGAUGGCAGAAGAAACGUAUGGAGAAUUUCAACGCAUUCGUGAGCAACGCUUCUCCCCUCCCGGAAACAAACCUGGUGAACGACGAAUGGACAUCCUUCCCGUCGUUCAGUGUCUUGAUCGGCGGUCCGUCCGGUCUACAACCAGACUACCUGGAACAAAUGCAGCGCGUGGACUUUAUUCGCCAAGAAUACAUUCGCAAGCGUGUCGACGAUACAAUCACCGACAAAGCCGCAGCAGAUCUCCUGAAGCCGUGGUACGCGGGUUGGUGCAAGCGACCCUGUUUCAGUGAGAACUUUCUUGAGACAUUCAACCGACCCAACGUCACACUGGUUGACACCCUGGGCCGUGGUAUUGAGGGGAUGACACCCAAUGGAGUCCUUGUCGGUGGCAAAGAGAUCAAACUUGAUGCCAUGAUCUUCAGCACGGGCUAUAACCUCGGCAACGGCACAGAGAAAGGCACCAUGAAGGUCACCGGCCGGGGCGGCAAGACCCUGCAACAUAAAUGGGCAUCCAGACCUGCUACCUUGCACGGAGUGAUCACGCACGACUUCCCCAAUUUGUUCCUUUCAGGUCCCUACCAGGCUGGCGCUUCCCCGAAUCAUAUUUAUGUCCUUGAUCAACUGGCAAGCCAUGUUGCCUACAUAAUAUCGCAGUCAGCGGCCAGAUUGAACGCCCGUGAUGCCAAGUUCACAGUCGAACCGAGCUUGGAGGCCGAGGAGGGUUGGUCCAUGCAGAUUCUCAUGAAUGCACGUGCCCUCGCCGGUGUCGCGAAUUGUACGCCGAGUUACUAUAACCGGGAGGGACACAAGCUGGAGGACCAUGAGAAGAUGGUGGCUGCGAGAUUCGCUGUCUGGGGAGAAGGCGUAGGGAGUUAUGCGAAGAGGAUUGAGGACUGGCGCAGCAGUGGGAAGCUUGAGGGGUUGGUGUUUAAUGGUGAUAAGACUGCAUGA